AUGGAGUAUUUCGAUUUCGAUGAAGCCUCAUAUGGUUCCAACGUUCGUGAAGAUGAUGUUGCCUCGGACAAUCUCGAGUUCGACGAGCACGAGGCCGCUGAAAACUACAACGCCAUCUUCCAGGAACAGAGCCUAGAGUUUCCCAACGACCUACCGGAGCAAGAUGCCGGUGAACUAGACAACGGCGUUUAUCCCAUGAGUCGUGCCGAGGAGCCAUGCGACUUUUGCAGGCACAUGAAUCUGGAUUGCUUUGUUGCAAAGAGUGGAGUGAUGCGUCAAAAUGGUUGUACUUGUUGCAUUUCGCUUUAUCGCGAAUGCAGCUUCACCCACGCUCGAGCCCCCGGCAAAUUCUUGGAUACCUUACAUCCAAUCUCCGAGAAUACCUACAUCCAUACCGGUGGUCUGACCGGAAAGAAGGCGCUCAAAUCGUUGGGCUUCAUUGCUGAAGAUGAUGGCCGAGCGAGGAAAAGCAAUUCGAGACUGGCGCGGGAAGCGGUCCGCAUCCUCAAAGCAUGGCUCCAGGAACAUUGGGAGCAUCCCUAUCCAACAGAGCAGGAAAAGGACGAGUUACAGCAACGCACAGGUCUGAAGAGGAUGCAAAUAUCCAACUGGCUUGCUAAUGCUCGGAGACGUGGUAAAGUUCCUCCUGGGCCGCGCAACUCUUCCGCGACGGGCGCAAUCAACAUUCCCGGACAAAAAGGCGUGGACAUCACUUACAUGACACCCAUGGAGCGUUGGAAGCACUCGCCUCCUGAAAACGAACCCGCUGCCACCUCCGAUAUUCUGCGAGCCCUGGUCACGACCGACCUGAAUCAUGACCGACAGCGCGCAUCCAGACCAGGUCACGUGCGUUCCCUUUCCCGGAAGACUGGGUCUAGCAAUGACUCAAGCCAUGCCAACUCCAAUUUGUUCCAUGCUCCCUCGGUCAGUAGUCAGGAAACAAGUCGAUCGGCCACUCGUUCCUCUAUAUCAGAUCUUUCUUUUGCCUCUGCCUUCUCCCACCGAUCCUCUCUCGGUUCCUUCGGCUCUAUGGAGCGGAAGGAACGCCGUCGCCGGCGCAAGCCCUCACUUCCCGUCAACACCUUCAACCAACAAAAGGCACGCAAUGCCCGCAUAUACCAAUGUACUUUCUGCACCGACUGCUUCCAAACCAAGUAUGACUGGCAACGCCAUGAGAAGUCACUACACCUAGCUCUCGAAAAGUGGAUUUGCUCGCCUUCGGGGGGAGUAGCCUUCAUAGAUGGCGCCAACCGUUGUGUAUUCUGCAUGGCUGUUGAUCCCAACAACGAUCAUCUAGAGUCACACAAUUAUAGUAUCUGUCAGGAGAAGACACCCGCAGAGCGGUCCUUUUACCGGAAGGAUCAUCUCAACCAGCACUUGAGACUGAUGCACAACGUCAAGUUUAACUCAUCCAUGAACGCCUGGAGGAGCACUCUGACAGAAUUCAAAUCUCGGUGUGGCUUCUGCGGGCUGAGUCUAACAACUUGGAAAGACCGAGUUGACCAUUUGGCCUCCCAUUUCAAGAAUGGCAGUACCAUGGCGCAGUGGCAGGGCGAUUGGGGGUUUGAACCCUUUAUACAGGGUCUGGUCGAAAAUGCAAUGCCACCGUAUCUCAUUGGCGGCGAGCAGAAGACUCUGAAUCCUUUCAAGCCACCCAACGUUGCACAAACAACUGGUCUGCUUCAACCAGAAGAUGCGAAUUGUUAUAGGCGCCUGCAGCGUGAACUCACCGCAUAUAUCCACAACCAGAGGGCUGCCGGUAUCAUCCCGACCGAUCGAAUGAUACAGGACGAAGGCCGGCGAAUUAUUUAUGGAAGCGACGACCCGUGGAAUCAAACGUGCGCCGAUAACUCGACUUGGCUCAGCCUGCUGAAGCGAGACACAGGACUUGAAGUACUCCCUGGGUCAGAGCACAUUCAACUAUCCGACCUGGGUAUGCGACCGCCAUUUGCUGCUGCCGACGGCCUAAGACAGGCCCCAGCCGAAACCAGCAUGUUAUCCAGUCCUCUCUACCCCAGACAGGGCACAUUCAGUCCCGUGACCCCCAACUCUGGGCUCCAGAGCCCCGCAUUUAUGGGGCACGGUCGGUCUUCCUUUGCCGCGAGUGCUCCUGGGAGUUCCACUGGCAGCUAUGCUGAAAGUUCUGGCUUUCUCCCGUCUCGGCCCUAUUCCAGGCUGUCGGCUGACGUGGGGAGUACCCUGUCUACUGGCAUUGCGUCCCUCAACACGCCUUUGAGCGGAUCUGUUGACCAAUUCGUGCAAAUGGGGUUCGAUCCCGAGUUCUUACAACAACUGAAUGAGCGGUAUGAUGAGUUACCGUUGGACGAUCUGCAGGGGCUGUGCUUUGAAGAGAGUAGUAGGCGUGAGAAUGAAGUUGGAGCUAGGAACGUUGGACAACAUCAGGUAGAGCCGACUGGCAAAGCAGUGCCUUUCUCUACACCUGUCUCCGCUCCCAUAGCUAUCCCCGGUAUGCGGAGCUCCGAUGUGUUCAUGUCCGAUACGGGUCUCAACGAGGAGCUUGCACCAACGACGGAUCAGGGAUAUCCAGGCCCCUACCCUCGCAAGAUGGAUGGAUUCGACGACUUAACAGCACUGAGCGAUACGAUGGUCUACCGCCAAGUACUUAUGGCCUUUUCUCCCGUUAUCCCCGCCUCGCUUCGACGGCGGAUCUCUAGACUAUACCCAUCAAUGCAUCGAUCCGUGAAGUCAGAGGCCAGCGCCCGCGCCAGCGCUAAAGCGAACACAGCUGGUGACGCCGGAGGUGAUGCGAUGGCCGCAAUGCGACAGACUUCUGAGCCAGGAGAGCUGGAGUAUGUGGCAUCGCUGCCUGAUAUUUCGCCUGGGCACGCCUCUCAGCGCCCCAGUACUGCAAGCAGUGCUAGCAAUGGAGUAGAGCCAUGCUUCACUCCUGCUCCUGAGAAAUCACAAGAGCUCAGCGAUAUCUCUAGCCUUAGAAGCAGUAGAUCUAGCAGUGUCUUCAGUCCAGUGGCUCCGAAAUAUGAGGCAGAAUCCGGACUGCGAUGGAAUCGGAUUGCGCCUGGACACACGAAGGAAGUCACUAGUACUGGUCUGGCUGACAGAAUUCUAGCACUCAAUCUCCUGCAAAAUGCCUGUCAUGAGGCGCAGCAGCGGCAGUGCGACAGUCGCUUGGCUCGGAUGUUGUACGUUGAUGCUUUAAGUUACCUUCUCGAUGGCCUCCCCGACGAUAUGAGCAAACAAGAAACCAUGAUAAUCCAGGAAAAUCUUCCUGCUGGUGUCAAGGAAUCUUUGGCUGCGCCUGCCGUGACUGAUCCAUCCGCGGCAGGGCUUCACAGUAUGCUUACGGGAAAGAAUUUUCCACCUGAGCGAUCUUACCUUCAUCGACUGCUGUCGUCGACUAUCGUCUACUUCUUCAUAAUGUUGCAAUUCCUCAUGCCAUAUGUGAAAAUCCUCGUGUACCAUCUGUACCGAUAUGAGCGAUCCCAUCGGUUAACGGAACGCGCCGUAACAAAGGUUCUGGAUGCGGCUGAUAACUUUGGUAAAAGAGGUAUGGUUGUAGGGGCUGCAGUCCUGAAUUACAACGAAGGGAGAGUGAGCGCAAGUAUGAUGGAGCUUGCAGCCUGGUGGGUGACAAGCAUUGCAGGUGGUAUCUACGAGGGAUUUGCGGAGGGCAUGAUUAUCAUGGGAGUCACCCAGUCGCAUGUUGAGCUGGGGAAGGCUUUUGUGCAGGCUUCGCGGUCAUGA